AUGGCCGAGUUCAACAAACACAAAGUGUGUAAAGGCACGACCAGUUUUCGUGGACGAGGUCCGAGAUUUCACCCGUAUGCUACGAGAGGUUUUCGAGGCGGUUCAAUGCGUGGUAGAAGCCAGCGUGGCCACGGUUCUCAGUUUGGUUCUGGUUUUCAUCAGCGCCAGAAUUUUCAGAAUGUGCCCCAGUACGAGCGAAAGGCAAGCAACCAAAAGCCCACUCGCAACUGGUAUGUUGACUUAUUAACUAAUGUUAAAUCACUUAUUUCUGAGCAGCCAGGUUUUAGGGCUGGUAAUACUAAGAAUUGUGUUUCUAAAUGGUCAGAGAUCACAUCUGACCCAGAGAUUUUAGAUAAUAUAGAGCAUUGUCACAUAGAGUUCAUUGAUGACCCUUCUAAAUAUAGCAUUCCAGGGCAUCAGUAUUUUAAUGUCCACCAACAUGAUAUUAUUAGUAAGGAAGUAGAUAAACUACUGCAGCUUGGAGUCAUAUCAAAAUCGAUGCAUGCUGCGGGAGAAUGUAUAUCUCCAAUUUUUGUAGUACCAAAACCGGAUGGUUCAUAUCGAUUGAUUUUUAAUUUUAAGCGCUGUAACCAGGCUGUUCUUUACAGACAUUUCAAAAUGGAUACGCUUGCUGCAAUUCUUAGUCUUGUUACUCCAGGAGCCUAUAUGGCUUCUAUUGAUUUAAAGCAUGCAUAUUACACUAUUCCUAUUGCAGACGAACAACGGAAAUUUCUCAAAUUCGUUUGGAAUGAACAACUGUAUGAGUUUUGUGUACUGCCCAUGGGGCUAACUAGUUCUCCCAGAAUUUUCACCAAAGUCAUGAAGCCAGUUUUGGCUACUCUUCGACAAAAAGGACACAUUAACAGUGGUUUUAUUGAUGACUUUUAUUUUCAAGGUCAGGAAUUUUCGGAUUGCGUAGUUAAUGUAUCGGAUAGUGUUAGACUUUUUAUUAGUCUCGGGUUGCAUGUCCACCCUGACAAAUGUGCAUUGAUACCCUCCCAAGAGCUCUUAAUUUUGGGGUUCUUAAUAAAUAGUUUGUUAAUGAUAGUAAAACUUCCCCUAGAGAAAAAGGUCAAAUUGCGAGAUCUCUGUUUACAGGCUUUGCGUGGCAACAAACUUACAAUUCAAUUCGUUGCUAGUGUUAUUGGUACACUUAUCUCUGCCCUCCCUGGGGUUGAGUUUGGUCGGUUACACUAUCGCAAUCUUGAACGCGAUAAAAUUAACGCCCUUGCACGGAAUAAUGGAAAUUAUCGGGCAUUUAUGCACCUUUCUGAGGCAGCAAAGCAGGAGCUUCAGUGGUGGACUACACAUGUAAUGCAUGCAUCUAGGCGACUACGUCAUCCCGUCAUCUCCUAUAUCUUUCAGACUGAUGCUAGUGAUCUUGGCUGGGGCGUAACGUGUACUACUAAUCCUCAGUUACAGUCUCAGGGUUUGUGGACAAGUGAACAGCGUACCCUACAUAUUAAUGUAAGGGAACUGUAUGUUGUUUUUAUAUGUUUAACAAUAUUUGGUAUGGAGAAGUCUGACGUCCACAUUAAAUUCGAGUUAGACAAUAUGACUGCCGUUAGUUAUAUCAAUCACAUGGGGGGAUGUAGAUCUUCUGCUUGUGAUACAGUAGCCAGAAAGAUUUGGGCGUGGUGCAUUUCCCACAAUAUAUGGGUCACUGCUAAUUAUAUUCCAGGACCCAGCAAUGUAGUUGCAGAUUCACUUUCUAGAAAACAUCUGUCAGAUCAUGAAUGGCAGCUUAAUACGGAUAUUUUUCACAAACUCUCCAAAAAAUUCCCUAAGUUUAGUAUUGAUCUGUUUGCAUCUUUGUUGAACAGACAGGUAGCACGGUAUGCCUCUUGGCACCCGGAUCCACAUGCUGCAAUAGUGGAUGCUUUUAGUGUAUCAUGGGCGAAUGAAUAUUUUUAUGCUUUCCCUCCUUUUAGUCUCAUUCCGAAAUGUCUGGAGAAAAUCUCUCGAGACCAAGCCGAAGGGGUUUUACUGGUCCCUGCAUGGCCCACACAAACAUGGUACCCUCUUCUUCUACAGAUGCUCAUUCAGCAGCCAAAGCUGUUGUUGUGGACCCCUCAAGUGGACUUAUUGAGACACCCAUUAGGCAAGGUUCACAGCAUGCAAGGAAAGCUGAAGUUGAUGGCAUGUCCCUUGUCCGGCAACAUUAUCAGAACCAGGGCUUUUCUGACCACAUUACCGGUGUACUCCUCGAUUCAUGGCGAACUUCUACACAAAAACAGUAUGCGAGUUAUCUUAAAAAAUGGAAUUUAUUCUGUCGUGAAAGGAAAAUUCUUGCACAUUCCCCUACUUUAAAUCAAGUUUUGGAAUUCUUGUACACACAAUUGCAUUUAUCAUAUUCUAGUAUUAACAGUGCCAGAUCAGCGUUAUCAUGUUUUCUUUCUAUUGGUAACUUUCCAGUGGGGAAGCACCCAAUAGUUUGUCGUUUCCUAAAAGGGGCAUUUGAACGGAAACCACCUGCUAAUAAGCAUCAUGCUAUCUGGGAUGUCCAAACAGUUUUGGCUUAUCUGAAAACGUUCACCCCUAACAGUGGUUUAAGUCUUAAAGAGCUUAGUCACAAAUGA